AUGGAAGAAGAUGACGCCUCUUUAACCUCGGAAGAUUUAGCGCCCCUGGACGAUACACAAUCUGGAGAAAGAGCUGCCGUAGGCGGCUCAUUCUCAUCAAUACAGAAACUGUUCAGCAGAUCAGCACUGUCAGUCAGAGCUGCGCCUCCGCCGCAGAAUCAGUACCCGCUGAGCCGGGCACAAGGGAACAUACUCGAAGGAGAGCCCAAAGAGCGGAAGAAACGAGGUCACGGCGUCCGGAAGCCCCUCGUGAUGCUCUAG